AUGGAACUGCAACCAGCUGUUCACAUGCAACAGCACUUGAAUCACGGUCAUCAGUCGCAUCACAACGAUUUAAAUAUCUACCAGCAUCAAAUGACAAAUAUUAAUAACUCAAAUGGCGAGGAAAAGAAUAAAAAAAUUCCCUUAAAAAAGGAGCAGACGAAAGUCAAGAAAACGGAGUAA